AUGUACUCACAUGCAGCCAAGUACGACCUACGGCUUGUUAAUGGCGACUGGCCUGGGGAGGGCCGCCUCGAGGUGUACGACGGAAAGCAGUGGGGCACGGUGUGUGACGACGGCUUUAGCAACGUGGAGGCGACGGUGGCUUGCCGUCAGCUUGGAUACAAUGAGGGCGUGGUAGUGCUCAGCACCCUUGUGUCGCGCACUUGGGGCAUGGGUACUGGCCGAAUCCUGAUGAACAACGUCAAUUGCAGUGAGCAGCCGCGGUCUGCUCGCCUGAAGCAGUGCAAGUACCAGAGCUGGGAGGACGGCUCCUACAUCGACUGCUACCACACAGAGGACGUCGGCAUUCGCUGCUACGGUAUGUUCUUUCAGUUCACGAUCAGCAUCGUCGCGAAUCGCGUUGUUUAUGUCCGUACAUUCCCUGGUGUGGGCCUUACCCCCUGGGGCUUGGGUGGCCGCGCCGACCUGCCUGAUGUACGGCGGACGUACCUGCAAAGGCGCUCCUCCGUCACCAUCGCCGCCUCCGCCACCGCGCUCUAUCAUUCCGGUCCUGAGCUGUAUACUAACUGUCGUACGGCGCACACCACCAAUACAUUAUUUCUAUAUACGCUCGAGAGCGCAUUCCUUCUAGCAUCUUGCGAGGUCUUUUUGGCGGACAGCUACUACACCAUGCACUUGCACGUUCAUUCAAGCCGCUGGGCGAACCUGGCAGCCGGUCGCCCGACGUACGCGUCCUCCUACCUGGGCGGCAGCGCCGCAGUGGGCUACUGCGAGAACGAUCAGUGCCUGCCGUCGUACGCCACCGACGGCAACACGUCCUCCCCUUUGAGGACCUUCCGCACCGACCAGGGCGAUAUCAACCCUUGGCUGUCCAUCGACCUGGGCAGCCCGAUGAUGCUGGUGCAACGCAUCGUGCUCUUCUACCGUCUGGACUGCUGCGGUGACGCCAUGGGGGGUGUAGAGCUGCGCGUGGGCAACACCAGCAUCUCCCGGCCUAGCGAUGUGGGCCUUAUCCGCUCCAACCCGCUGGUGUGGAGCGAGAAGGACGCCGGCGCUACCGGCGGUGUGCUGGACGUGAGCCUGCGUGCACCGGUUGCGGGCCGGUGGUUGACGCUCCAGAACAGCCGGAACACAGCGUACUACAUGACCCGGGUGCUUGAGGUGGUGGAGUUGCAGGCUUACGGUAUCGAUACAAGCCCCUUCAUUCCCGGUGCCAUCGCGGCGGGCUCCUUCCACACCUGCGUGAUGUCGGCAAGCCCGGAGACCCUGAAGUGCUUCGGGAGCAAUACCUUCGGGCAACUCGGCGUCGGGGAUCUCGACAACCGCGGCAGCCAGCCGGGUCAGAUGGGCUCCGCACUGCCCACUGUGAACCUUGGACCCCGGCGGGUCGUCGCCGUGACGGCCGGCUGUUUCCACACCUGCGCCCUUCUGCAGCCAGGCGGUUUCGUCAAGUGCUGGGGGCUGAAUGAUGUCGGCCAACUGGGGCUGGGCGACACUCGCAACCGCGGUGGCUUGGCCUGGGAUAUGGGCAGUGCGCUCCCGCCCGUGGACCUAGGCCCUGGCCUGAGUGCGACAGCUUUGGCUGCGGGAUGCAACCACACCUGCGCCAUCCUGCAGCCGGGUAACAUCGUCAAAUGCUGGGGGUUGAAUACCAACGGGCAGUUGGGCCUUGGUGACACUCGCAAUCGCGGCGGGGAUUCCGCUGAUAUGGGAGCUGCCCUUCCGGCCGUGGACCUGGCUGGCUCGGGCUCGAAUCUCACUGCUGCCGCUCUGUCGUUGGGCGCGUCGCACUCGUGCGCGCUCAUGAACCCAGGCGGGCUAGUGAAAUGCUGGGGGGCCAACAUGGAGGGUCAGCUGGGUCUAGAUGACACGCUUUCUCGCGGCGAUGAAUCGGGCGAGAUGGGGGCUGCUCUAAAAGCCGUGGACCUGGGUCGUCGAGCCAACGCGGUGGUGACGGAGCGGAGCCAUGUGUGCGUGCUGCUGUCCACUGGCGGUGGCAAUGUCAAAUGCUGGGGGAGCAACAGCCAGGGCCAGCUGGGGCUGGGGGACACCGAGAACCGAGGGGACGGCGUGGACAGCACCGGCAACAUCACGAAGGAGAUAAGCCGGGACCUUCCCGAGGUCUCUCUGGGCCGCAACUUUAGCGCAUCAGUGCUGGCGGUGGGCGAGUUCCACACCUGCGCCAUCCUGCAGCCUGGGGGCAUCGUCAAGUGCUGGGGCGGCAACAAGUCAAGCCAGCUGGGAUUGGGUGAUAAGAAGGCUCGCGGAGACUCUGCUGGCGAGAUGGGCAACAGUCUGCCGGUGGUGGACCUGGGGCCGGGCCUGGAGGCGACCGCGCUGGCGGCUGGCGCCCGCCACACCUGCGCGCUCCUGCAGCCAGGCAACAUCGUCAAGUGCUGGGGAUCAAAUGACUACGGAGCCCUCGGCUUGGGUGAUCGCAGCGACCGAGGCCAGCUGCCAGAGGACAUGGGCGUCAACCUGCCGCCUGUGAACCUCUAA